CGAGUUUCUGAUUCUAGACUGCGUCAGCGACUGCCAAGCUCUUGUUACCUAAUGUUUUUCAGAUAUUUUUCCUUGUUUGGGAAGAUUCCUUGCCCUCCAUUUUUGUGUCUUUUUUCCUUCUCAAAUAAUAUUUUUGCUAUCAAAAAAUGCUUUUGGAUUAUUUCAAUUUAUGUCCAAGACUCGUUUAUCUGGGCAUGCAUGAUGAACGAUAAGACAGGACGAAAAAGAUAAUAGACCUUUUUAGUUUAGUUUGUUUGCUUGCUGUGUCAUUUAUACAUAUGGUUGGGUUUAAAGGACAACUUUUGAUAUCAUCGACUUCUUGCACUACCAUGUUACAACCAUCAGGCAUGGCAGAAGAUGCUGGUAUGUUCAUGGUUCAUCAGACCAUUGGUAGUGUUUUGUGUUGCAAAUGUGGAAUUCCCAUGCAGCCAAAUGCUGCCAAUAUGUGUGUGAAGUGUUUACGUUCAGAAGUUGAUAUCACUGAAGGAUUACUGAAGCAUCUAAUCCUAGUACACUGUCCUGAGUGUGAUAGCUACCUGCAGCCUCCAAGAACUUGGAUCAAAGCACAAUUAGAAUCGAAGGAGCUGCUGACAUUCUGUUUGAAUAAGCUGAAAAGAAACUUCGCUUCCAAUAAAGUAAGGCUGAUACAUGCUGAAUUUAUAUGGACUGAGCCCCACUCCAAGAGGAUAAAAGUCAAGGUCAAAGUUCAGAAAGAGGUUCUGAAUGGGGCAAUUCUUGAACAGUCUUAUCCUAUUGAGUACGUGCAGCAAGAGCAUAUGUGUGAAUCUUGUUCUAGGAUCCAGGCUAACCCUGAUCAAUGGGUUGCUGCUGUGCAACUUCGCCAACAUGUUACACAUAGGAGAACUUUUUAUUUGGAACAGCUGAUUCUGAAGCAUGGUGCAGCUGCUAGUGCUAUAAGAAUAAAGCAGAUGGAUCAAGGUAUUGACUUCUUUUUCUCCAAUCGAAGUCAUGGUGUGAAAUUUGUGGAAUUUGUAGGAAAAGUUGCUCCAGUAAGGAGUCGUCACGACAAGCAACUUGUUUCUCAUGAUCCCAAGAGUAAUAACUACAACUAUAAAUAUACAUUUUCUGUUGAAAUUUCUCCCAUCUGCCGUGAGGAUUUAAUCUGUCUGCCUCCUAAAGUUGCUGUUAGUUUGGGAAACCUUGGC